CCUCUCUGGCAGGGCGGGCGGAGGGCCAGCCCCGGGGGCUCAGUACGGCAGUGACAAGCUCAUGCUCUCUGAGUGCUACACAGCUGAAUGAGGACUCAUCAAACCGAUGAAAAGGGCUGAGGAGCACGUGUAAGAGGGCCUGGGACCCUGGUUCUGCUAAAAUAUACAUAAAAUGGGAAGAUCAGAAAGCUAAAAAGGCUAAGUUGGAGUGAGGUUUCGUUAACACCAUAAGUAAUCCGUGGCCUAAAGAAUUCCUGCCAUUCUGCUUCUACUUGUCUGUUAGAGAAGCUGCUCCUCAGCCAUGCAUCAAAGCCUGCCUGCCUGCCUGCACAACCAGAGAAGCAGGCAGCAACCUUGGUCUUUCAGUAAAGGAAGCUAGGAACAACUCAGCAGGAAUCGUGCUUGUCUGUGAAAUGCAGUUAACGCAUCAGCUGGACCUAUUUCCCGAAUGCAGGGUGACCCUUCUGUUGUUUAAAGAUGUAAAAAAUGCUGGAGACUUGAGAAAAAAGGCCAUGGAAGGUGCUAUUGAUGGUGCAUUAAUAAACCCUAAGGUGAUUGUUGAUCCAUUUCAGAUACUUGUGGCCUCAAACAAAGCAGUUCAUCUCUACAGACUGGGAAAAAUGAAGACAAAAACUCUAUCAACUGAAAUUAUUUUCAACCUUUCCCCAAAUAACAAUAUUUCAGAAGCUUUGAAAAAAUUUGGUAUCUCAGCAAAUGACACUUCAAUUCUAAUUGUUUACAUUGAAGAGGGAGAAAAACAAAUAAAUCAAGAAGACUUAAUAUCUCAGGUAGAAGGUCAUCAAGUUUCUCUGAAAAAUCUACCUGACAUAACAAAUAUUACAGAAGUCAAAAAGAUAUAUAAACUGUCUUCACAAGAAGAAAGUAUUGGAACAUUGUUGGAUGGUAUCAUUUGUAGAAUGUCAACAAAAGAUGUUUUGUAAAAUGACAGAAAUAUUAAGAUUUUUCAUAAGAAAACAUUGAUUUUUCUUUCUUGAUUAUAAAAUGUGUAUGUUCAGGGAA